GAAGGGGAGGGGGGAUUGAACCCGGAAGUGGAAGGAAAGAGAAUAACGAAUGAGCUGUGAUACGGCAUUUCCCUUGUCCUAGUUCUUCAUAUUAUUUUUGAUAGAGGAAGAUGCUGAUUGAAGUUAAGUAGGGAACGGACUGGUAGCAAUUCGUGCCAGCGGGAAAACGGGGGUGGUUCGGACUGCAGGAUGGCUGAGAAGUUUGACAACCUGGAGGAACAUUUGGAGAAGUUCGUGGAGAAUAUUCGGCAGCUGGGAAUCAUUGUUAGCGACUUUCAGCCCAGCAGCCAGACUGGCCUCAAUCAGAAGCUGAACUUUUUGAUAAGCGGCUUGCAAGAUAUUGACAAAUGUCGACAGCAACUUCAUGAUAUCACUGUACCCUUGGAAGUUUUUGAGUACAUUGAUCAAGGGCGUAAUCCACAGCUUUAUACCAAGGAGUGCCUGGAAAGAGCUUUGGCUAAAAAUGAGCAAGUCAAAGGGAAAAUUGAUACCCUAAAGAAGUUCGUCACACAGAGAUGAACCUAGCAGAAGCAAAAGCCCAAGAAAAGAAUGCAUGGCUUGUGACAUGCCAGAUAAAAGGCUAUGUAAAAAAUGCCUGACAGAUGCGAGCGAACCAGCUCAAGAACAAAUGGCUAACAUGAUGGACUAGAUGCAAUCCACCUUCAAACAGUCCAUGGCUACAAUGGUGGAUGAAGUGACGGGUAAAGUCAUGAAAAACCUGACUAAACAGGGUGUUACACCACAAGCUAGUGAUAAGACCUCAGUUAGAGGAACUGAGGAUUUGGAAAACUCAAGCACCUCUGAAGGCGAGAUACCUCUCUCCGAUUCAGAAACAGAAGAGAUAGAGGAUACCACAUUCAACAUUGAAUUUAUUGAACCUCUGAUAAGGCACAUGAGGGCUACGCUGGACCUAGAUGAAGAAGAUCCCAUACCAAAACAAGACAAAAUGUUCAAAUCAAGUAAAAGGGCUCAAAUGUUCCCAGUACAUGAAGUUAUUUCCAAAAUGAUUCAAUCAGAAUGAGAAAAUCCAGACAAAACUGGGGGAAUCCAAACACUUUACUAAAAUGUAUCCUUUUUCGGAGCAAGAUGUAAAAAACUGGGUGUCUACACCAAAAGUGGAUGCUGCUAUCACCAGAAUAGCCCGGCGAACCACACUACCCGUGGACGAAGGAGUAUCCUUAAAAGAUGCCAUGGAAAGAAGGCAAGAUGCCAUAUUAAAAAAGAUGUUCUUGGAAGGAGGGAUGGCAUGCAAGAUUGUGGUAGCUACCACCUCACUGGCUUGAGCUAAUAGCAUAUGGAUUAUGGACAUUGAAAAUGCCAUCAAGUCAGGAGCAGAUAAAAGAUAUAAGAUAUAAAGACAGCUAACAACUUUACAGCUGAAGCUUCACUUGAUGGGUCGAGAAUGGCGGCUAAAUCAAUGGGAAUGGCAGUGGCAGCCAGAAGGGCAUUGUGGCUGCGUCAUUGGCAAGCAGACUCCCAGUCUAAGCACAAUUUAUGUUCUUUAGCAUUUAAAUGGAAAUUCCUUUUUGGAGAACACUUGGAUCAGAUCAUUUCUAAGGCUUCGGCCGGAAAAUCUGCUUUCUUGCCACAGGAUAGAAAGGAUAGAAAAGAUAGAAAGCCUUACAGGAAUUGGUCCAGGGAUCAAAAACCCUCCCUUCGUGACACAAAGCAGUAUAAGCCAGGAAAACCUUUUUUUCGACAACCUUGGGGAUCCAGGUUUUCAAAUCAAGAAAAAAAGAGAACAAAAAACAGAGAAAAAGUCAGCAUGAAGGUGCGCAAGCGCCUCUGGCCCAAGUGGGAGGCAGAAUACAAGCCUUUGGGGCAGUGUGGGCUCAACAUGUAACAGACUCAUGGGUCCUCAACACAAUUUCAAAGGGGUAUGUUCUUCACCUAAAAAAAACCCCCAAAAGGAGCUUCGUGUCAUCCGACAAGAGAAGAUCAGAACAAGACAUGAAAAACAUCAAAAUUGCCCUAUCAGAUCUUCUAACCAAAGAGUCAUAGAGGAAGUACCAAUGCAAGAACAUUUCUCAGGCAUAUAUUCUCACCUAUUUUUAAACCAAAAGCAAAAUGGAGCAUUUCGGGUGAUUCUCAACCUAAAGACCCUCAACAUCUAAAGGUACAAACCUUCAAGAUGGAGUCAAUGAGAACAAUCACCAUGCACUUCUGCCUUGGAGACUGGAUGGCAAAGAUAGAUCUCCUAGACGCAUACUUUCACAUACCCAUAUGGGAACCACACAGAAAAUUUCUCAGUUUCCCGAUUCUGGGGAAGCACUACUAGUAUCGAGCCAUACCCUUUGGCCUAUCAACAGGGCCCAGAGUUUUCACAAAAAUCCUGGCCCCACUACUGGAACAUCUCAGAGUAAAAGGAGUUCAAAUCUACGGAUACCUGUACAACCUUUUCAUCAAAGCUCCAACAUCCCAGAUACUGACCGAACACCUGAAGAUGGUGGAAUCCACCCUGUCGAAUUGGGGUUGGUUAAUCAACAGGGACAAAUCUGUACUAACAACAACCCAGGAAAUAGUGUUCCUGGGAACUUUGAUAAAUACAAAAGAAGGGUGUCUGAGCCUCCCUCAGGAAAAGAUACUCGACAUCCAGAGUCAAGUAAGACGACUCUGUUCAAACCCAAAUCCAUCGGCAAAAACUUGUCAGCAAAUUUUGGGGAAUUCUCUGUCAGAUGGAGCAGAAUCCACCUGCAAAGAGAAUUUCUGACACAUUGGAGCAAAGACCCCAACAAAUUAUCAGCCUAUCAAGAAACACUAUAGAGUCUCUAGCUUGGUGGCUGAAGGAACAGAAUUUGAAAAUACCAAUUUAGUUGAAACCUCGGAUCUGGGAAAUCAUCACCACGGAUGCCAGCAGAUUAGGCUGCGGAGCUCACUGUCGAGGCCUGACAUGCCAGGAUACUUGGGAAGACAGCAAUUGGAGAGAGUUGAAUGCAGUACUAUUGAGUCUGCCAAAAUUUCAGAGGAUCAUCCAAGGGCUUGAUGGCAACAUCCCAGAACAGGAAAAUACAGACAUUGUGCUCUUGGCGGAGAGACAGCCGAACGAAAUAUCGGGACGCUUUUUCAUUCCCCUGGAAAUUCCAAAUAGCGUACAUCUUCCCACCACUGGCGGUUAUUCUGAAAAUAAUACGGAAGAUCAGGAUGGACAGAGCGAGUGUGGUCAUGGUGACCCCCUAGUUGCCCAGAAGAGCCUGGUUUCCUAUCUUGAUGCAAUUAAAACAAGAGGAACCAUUUCACCUCCCCAUCCUACCAACGAUACUCCACCAAGGAGAAGUACUGAACCCAGACCCGAACAGCUGGUCACUAACGGCAUGGAAACUGAAAGGAUCAGGCUGAGCAAACUAGGGUUAUCCAAUGCUACAAUCACCACCUUCAAAAAAGAAUUCAACACACAUUAAAUAAGCAAAAUCCUGGGAAGUUUGCAAAAAAUGGUGUGAGGAAAAAGACCAUAACCCUGUCAUGGCCUCAGAAGUCAUCUUACUGAAAUUUCUCCAAGCAGGAAUGGACAGAGGGUUAAGCCUCUCCACCCUAAAAUAACGGCAAUAUCUUCAUACACCAGUAAGCAAUGGGCUUCUAACCAGCUUAUCAAAAAGUUCCUUCAAGGUCUAUAAAAGCUCAGACCCAUCAUCAGACCUGAAAUACCUCCCUGGGAUUUGUCCCUGGUUCUCAAAGCUCUGAUUGAAAGUUAGUUUGAACCAUUUGAAGAGGCAUCACUCAAAUUUCUGUGUCUAAAAACUGUUUUCUUGCUAGCCAUUACUUCAGCAAGGCGAAUAAGUGAGUUACAUGCACUAUCAAUAAAAACGUCUUCCCAGACAAAGUGGUACUGAAAACAGAGGAUGGAUUCUUGCCUAAAGUUUCCACUAGACUCCACCAGUGUCGAGAUUUAGUUCUGCCCACAUUGUACUCUGAUCCGAAAAAUCAACAAGAGGAGAAACUGCACACCCUAGACGUAGUCAGAUGCCUUCGUACUUACUUGGACAAGGUGGCAACCUUCAGAAAAACAAACUAUCUGUUGGUUACCAUUGGAGGCAGUAGUGCAGGAAAUAGAGCUGCUAAAAGUACUAUUGCUAGUUGGAUAAAACAAUGCAUUCAGAUGUCUUACUCAUUGCAGACAGCACCUGGGCCAGCACCGAGAGCACACUCUACCAGAGGGAUGGCAGCAUCCUGGGCACUCAGAGCCCAGGUAUCCGCAGAAAAAUCUGCAGAGCAGCUACUUGGUCUUCAUUUUGUACAUUUUCUAAACAUUAUAUGUUCGAUACUUACUCCAAAGAUCUGGCCAGCUUUGGUCACUCCAUUCUGGAUGCGGCUACUUCCAUUAAAUAAUUCUGCAUUU